AUGUACACAACUUUAUUGGAUAUUACAAUCUGGCAUUGUAUUCUAAAGGAAAAAGCUAUUACUUCACCACACGAUGCGUCAAUUGAGCAUGGAAAUUCAUUAGUAUUCCUAUACCCAACUUCACUCAUCAUCAAAUUUAUCAAAAAAAUCUUAAGAAAGUUUGAGGAUAAAAUUGUUUUCAGUUCAGAUGAAAUCUAUGUCUUUGGUGAAUUGGCCACUUUUAUCGAAGAUGAUAUCAAAUAUAAAAAAACUAUUUUUUCAAAAGAUCAGUCGUCUGAAUUGGAAAUAAAAGUUCAUUCGUUGAUGUCAAAAAUACAAAAUCAGAAUGAUCAUAUGGAAUUAUCGGAAUCCGAUGGCUAUUGCAGUGACUCUGAUGGAGAAUCCGAUGGCAAUCAAUACUCCUAA